CUUGAUGGCCUUGAAAUGAUGCUGUUGUAUGACGUCACUGACGCGUGCCGGUAAAAUGAUUCCCUUUUUCGCUUCUUGUUUAUUGCGUGGCGGGAAUUUCUUGCGGCUAGUUGUCUCUAUUCUUCUUGAAAAGAUUGAAACAGGUACGGAUAGGAUAUAGUUUGAUAAAAGAACCUUUUUUGUCUUUCAAAGAUAAUUUGCACUGUCAACAAUGUCUGAAGUACUUGAGAAACUACGCCAGCUAUGCAGAGCAAGAGGUGCAAAUGGAAUAAUUGGACUUUCCAGGGCGUUUCGUCUCAUGGAUGACAACCGAGACAAAAAGUUGCAUUUGGAUGAGAUGAAGCUUGGCUUACAAGAAUAUGGAGCUGACUUGGGUGAUGAGGAAAUGUCCGAACUUUUUAAUGAGCUGGAUAAAGAUAGUAGUGGGACUGUCAGUUUUGAAGAAUUUCUCAAAGCUGUUCGAGUAGGUCCUCCUCUAUCCGAAGAAAGAUUAGAGGUUAUUGGACGAGCUUUCUCAAAGAUGGACAACACAGGAGAUGGUUCUGUUACUUUGGAUGACCUGAGAGGUGUUUACAGCGCCAAACAGCAUCCAGAUGUCAUCGAUGGUAAAAAGACUGAAGAAGAAGUCUUAUUAAAGUUUCUGAGCAAUUUCGAUUCACCAAAUAAUAGUGACGGAAAAGUGUUUAAGCAAGAAUUUAUUGAUUAUUAUGCUGGUGUCAGUGCUUCUAUCGACUUAGAUGAAUAUUUUGUCACAAUGAUGGAAAAAGCUUGGCAACUUUAAACAACAGCAGAGAAACUGAGAGCUUAUUUUAAGAAUAAUUUUUUUUUCAAUGUCCGCAUUCUUGUUGCUUACAUCACACUUAUGCAUUUAUUUAGAAAAAAUAUCUUUUCUAAUUUUAAUUUUGAAAAUUUAGAUAACUGUUCAAUCUGAUUGUAACAGAUUCAAUAUAAAAUAUUUGGAUAUUAAAAUUAAAGAUGAAUUGCUGACAGACAAUGAUAUAGACAUUUUAAAUUCUUUUAAGAAAGCUUAAUUUGAAAUUUAAAGAAUCAUUUACAAUUAAUUUAAUCUAACAAUAGCAAAGAAAAUCGUUGAUCUAUUUAUGAAUUUUUUGUUAUUCUAGAGAUCUUAUAUCAUAGUCAACUUUUAUUUAAUAUUUUAUUAAUCUAAAUAUAAUAAAUAAACUAAUUUGACAUAAAAAAAAUAAAAAACAAGGGAUUAUAUUAAAAAAAUAUCCUUGUUUAGAUAUCUACUUAAACUGUCUGCACAAUUAUUUCCACACAACUGGCACUGUGAUUUACAAUUUUGUUUAUGAGUUGAGUUUUUAAAAAAAUGCUUAACCUUAAGUUAUAAAGGUUUAGUAUUUUUUCCCCCUCAUUACAUUAUACCGACCUAUAAAACGGUGCAUCUACUUCGAAAAGCCUAGAUGAAGAAUACUCGUUGUGGUAAAUUAAGAAAAAUGAAGCAUAGAAAGUAUGUCGACAUCGGGAGGAAGUUUACCACACAUUUAAAAUCUAUAUUGACAGCUAACCAAAACAAACCAAAUAAUAAGCUUAAUGUUAUGUAAUAAGUGAUUGAUCUAGGUUAAAGAACCUACUUGAAGAAGGCUCUAAAUAACAUUGUAUUGAAUUUACAAAGUAUAUCAAUAUCUUAGAAAACUUUUAAGAAAACAGUUCACCAAAUACAGUCUGUAACUUAUAUUUCCGCUUUAUUUUAUAAUGACAUUUUAUAUCUUCUUCCACUAAGCUCUUCAAUUAUGAAGAAUAUCUCUAAUGUUUAUUUACUGUCUCGUAUUAUAUUAUUAAUUAGUUUAUUUGUUGGAUAUGUUUAUUUUUAUAUUUGUGCCCUAUAAUUUUAAUUGUGAAAAAUUUUUUUAAAAAAAAUUGUAUCGUUCAACAUAGAUUAAAUUACAACACCUGAAGUUUGGAAAUAGGGAGUAUCAGCGAAUAUGUUGUGAAAAUUUUGCAUAAUUUGCUUUUUUACCAUUUAAACAGAACAAUCGAUAACUGGUCAAGCCUAGUUUUAAUAUAAUGCUAUUUCAACAUUUCUCUGUUCAAGAAAAGUAUUACAGACAAUUGACUAAACAAUAGCAUAAUCAAUUGUUUGAUUUUUAAUGUUUGUUAAGGAUAGCGGAAAAUACAA